GAGACGUCGCUGUGAGCAGACUCGGCAGGUAUUACAGGUUCUUCCCUACUUAUCCAGAAUGCUUUCCAAACUAAUCCAGAGACGCAGUGUGGGCGCUUUAUUUGUCAACGUCAAAGUAUCUAUGAGCUCUGCCACAUCGGCUGCCACAGAGAAACCAGCGGAGGAAGCUUUAUCAUCUGAAUAUGUAUUUGACCGGGAAUCCAAAUAUGGGGCACACAACUACCACCCUCUGCCCGUUGCACUUGAAAGAGGAAAAGGUGUAUAUGUUUGGGAUGUAGAAGGCAGGCGCUAUUUCGAUUUCCUCAGUGCCUACAGUGCUGUGAAUCAGGGACACUGCCAUCCAAAGAUCCUCUAUGCACUGAAGUCCCAGGCUGACAAACUCACGCUCACUUCCAGAGCUUUCUACAAUGAUGUGCUUGGUGAAUAUGAGGAAUACAUUACGAAGAUCUUUGGCUACAACAAAGUGCUACCUAUGAACACAGGUGUUGAAGGCGGAGAAACUGCAUGCAAGCUAGCCAGGAAGUGGGGCUACACCGUGAAAGGGAUCCCCAAGUACAAGGCCCAGAUCAUCUUUGCAGCUGGGAACUUUUGGGGCAGGACAAUGUCUGCGAUAUCGAGCUCUACAGACCCAUCUAGCUACGAGGGCUUUGGACCAUUUAUGCCAGGCUUUAAAAUUAUUCCUUACAAUGACCUUCCUGCUCUUGAGCGAGCACUACAAGACCCCAAUGUUGCUGCUUUCAUGGUUGAACCAAUCCAGGGGGAGGCUGGUGUGAUUGUUCCAGAUGAAGGUUACCUGACAGGAGUGCGGCAGCUCUGCACGGCACACAAUGUGCUAUUUAUUGCUGAUGAAGUACAAACAGGCCUGGCUAGAACAGGGAAGAUGCUGGCAGUGGACCAUGAAAAUGUCCGUCCUGAUCUUGUUAUACUUGGAAAGGCCCUAUCUGGAGGGGUUUACCCAGUAUCUGCUGUUCUCUGUGAUGAUGAAGUGAUGCUGACCAUUAAACCAGGAGAACAUGGGUCUACCUAUGGCGGAAAUCCUCUGGCUUGUCGCGUGGCUAUGGCUUCUUUGGAGGUCAUUGAAGAGGAGAAGCUUGCAGAAAAUGCAAAUGCAAUGGGAGAGCUGUUGAGAGCGGAGCUGAUGAAGACUCCGUCUGACAUAGUGACGGCUGUAAGAGGGAAAGGCUUACUGAACGCCAUUGUCAUAAAGCAAAGCAAAGACUGUGAUGCAUGGAAGGUGUGCCUUCGGCUACGUGACAAUGGGCUUUUAGCUAAACCCACCCAUGGCGAUAUUAUCCGGCUGGCUCCUCCACUGACCAUCAAGGAAGAUGAGAUUAGAGAGUGCUCUGAAAUCAUCCACAAAACCCUGCUGUCUUUCUAAGCUGCUUGUCAAUCCCUGAAUGUCACAACGUCUUGUGUUGCACAUUCUGUCUCUUAUGUCUUUUUUGAUUGGAUGGUGUGCUGUUACAGAGACUAUUCUGGGUUUUCCUGGAAUCUGUUCUAGUGGAACUAAAGGUCACAGUCUGAGCUGCACUUCUCUGAUGCUUUCGGUGCAGACUUCUGUACAGUAGUGCAAUUAAUGCUGCAGAUCCAACUACGUCAACUGCUGUCUUUUUCUGAAAGCUCUGCAAAGUUAUUGAUCCUGAUGUGUUUAGCAAGCUUGAAUAUGUUUGUAUGUAGUGCAGAGGUGGGAAGCCUAGUUCACCAUGGGUUGCCCUCGCUGAAUCAGUGUAUAGUUUAAAUGUGGUGCAAGUCUGUGUGCAUUUAUAGUAAAAGGACUUAAUAUAAUGUAUUUAAUAUUUGGUUUAAUAAUGAGGUAAACUAUAUUUUAUUGCUUUGUAAUGAUGGAAAGAAAUAAACGGGAGUUCUCAUUUCCGGUGUUCUGGCUUUUGAAAAGUUA